GGUCAUGCAUGUUUGGGUGGGCUAGGCAGAGGUGGCUUAUUCGGGUCCAUGGUACAGGGCAAGCAGGGUGGCAAGUAUGUCCUGAAGGAUGGGGCAGGGCAGGCUGUAUUGACCAACUGUGAAGGAGUGUAGUCCAGCCUUUUUGGGCAGAUAGGCAGGGCUUUAUGCAUUUCGGUGGGCAAAAUGGGGGUGAGAAGGACCAGCCAGGUGUGUCUGGAUGAAGUGGGCAAGCAGGGACAGGUGGUGCCAUUCAGUCCCAGGCAGGUGCAGUGGGACCUGGCCAUGUUGGCCAGAAGGUGGGACCAGGAGUGUUGGGACAGGGUAAGUCUGUUUCCACUCAGUGCUGACCCAGAGUCCUCCUCCCAUCAUCACAGGAGCCCUACUUGUAAUUCCUGGUCUCUGGUGAGUUUAGGACACAGGGUGGAUGGGGGAGUGGAGCUAGUGCAAGGGUUUGCCCUUCACACUGCCCACUGCCCAUUCAACCACAGCUUCCUACUUUGGAAUGCAGAAGCCCAGGCUGUCCCAGAAGUACCAGGUGCCGGCAGUGCCGUUAGCAAUAAAAGAGGCCUCUCAGAUAACAGCCUCACUCCAGCUGUUGUCUGAAAAGGACCUUCCUCAGGGCUGGAACCUAUGCCAGGACAUUUGGAGAGGGGACUUUAGACAAAGCCUGAUAAGUGUAUGGCAGGCCUCUGGGUGGAAAGAAGGGGACAGUGAAGACAGAGAGGGUCAUCAGUUUGGAGAAUGAAAUGAGGCAGCGUCCAAGUAUCAUUUAAGAAACAAGUUGAGAAGACCUGCCAGCAUUUUCCCGGCCUACAGUCCUGGAUGAGUGACACUGAGAAGUUUCCGCUCCUGGAUCCUGCAAUGCAGAAAGAAGCAGUGAAAGUGAAGACAAAGAAGUUGGAUAAAAAGAAGAAGAAGAAGAAGAAGAAGCAAAAGCUCAUGUCAAAGCAUAAACACCAAGAGAAGGCAGAUGCCAAGGAUUUGGCCUCGCUGCGGCAGUGCCUGGGACCUGGCUGUGUGUAUCCUACCCGGCCAGGCUCCAAGUACUGCUCAGAUGAUUGUGGCAUGAAGCUCGCAGCUGACCGCAUCUAUGCGAUUCUGCCCCAGCGCAUCCAGCAGUGGCAGAAGAGCCCCUGUAUUGCUGAGGAGCGUGGCAAGAAAAUGCUUGAGCGCAUCCACCAAGAGCAGCAGGACACUCACACCCGCCUGAAGGACAUGGAGUGCCAUUUCUAUGAACUUGAGGCCAUAAUUCUGCGUGGCAAGCAGCAGCCUGUGUGCAAGGAUGAGGAGAUCAACAAAAGUAACAGGAACAACGCAAACCUGCAGAUCUUCUGUGUCUCCUGCGGGCAGUCAGUUAAGACGCAUGUCGCCCUGCGCCACAUGGAACACUGUUUUGUCAAGUAUGAAGGCAAGUCGUCCUUCGGGUCCAUGUAUCCCACUUGCAUUGAAGGGGCCACCAGGCUCUUCUGUGAUGUUUACAACCCAAAGACUAAGAGGUACUGUAAGCGGCUUCAGGUGCUGUGUCCUGAGCACUCGAGAGAUCCCAAGGCAUCAGAUGAUGAGGUGUGCGGUUGCCCACUGGUGCACAAUGUCUUUGAGUUCACUGGUAAUUUCUGUCGCCUACCUAAACGCGCGUGCAACCUCCACUAUUGCUGGGAGAAGCUGAGGCGUGCUGAGGUGGACCUAGAGCGUAUUCGCAUGUUGAACAAGCUGGAAGAGCUACUUGAGCAGGAGCACAAGGUGCGCACAGCUAUGACAAACCGGGCAGGGCUCCUGGCCCUGAUGCUUCACCAGACAGUCCAGCAUGACCCGCUCACCACUGACCUGCGCUCCAAAGCAGACAGCUGAGCCCUGCUUGACUGAGAUCCUGUACCCAACACUCCGUGCAAGGGAGACCCUCAAUGAAUUCUUCACACACUAGUUCCCAUAACCACUUUUUUCUUAGGUCAUCUUAGAGUUUCUCUGUGUUUCUCUGUUCACCAUUUGGUCUCCUGUCUCUGUUUGCCCCUGGAUGGGAAGGGGUCCUCAGAAUCGCUCUCUGUUGCCAUCAUUCCCCAUCCCUCUCUCUCUUUCUUCCCUGAAACUUGGCAGGGCCAAGGAUCUGCUCUGCCUUCAUCCCCCACUGUCCAGAACUUUGUUGACAAACUUUGGAAGAACAAAGGAUAUUAAUAUCCCCUGAGGGCCCUCUAACCUGUCUCUCUGGCCACAAACCCAAUUUCAAACCUCUGGUGGCGGUGGGUGGCAGUGCAACUGUACUUAGGAGGAGGCUGCAGUGCACAUGCAGAGUGGCUGUGAAGUGACACCCACUCAGGGCUCAGUGGGCCCUCUUCUGUCAGGGGAGCUAUGACCUUAUAAAGAAGGCGCCAAUGGCUUCUGGUCCUGGCAGUCCCCCAUUCUAGGCCAUCGGACGUGUAGUUGGCACCUGAUUAGUGCACAGCCCAUUCAUCAACUUCUAUGCAGUUGUUAAUAUUCCCCAGGCCAAAGGUGUUACCAAAAUGGGAUGGGAGAUAGAUGAGUGUAGGAUAAUCCCCCCCUGAUGAUUCCACUUGGGGACACUGAGGAGGAUUCAAGGUAUCAUGGCAGUCACGCCCCUGCCCAUGUUGUUCCACACCUUAUCAUCAUAUGAGGUCCCAGCUCUUUUUGUCAGCCUUGGCCCCUGCCAGUCCAGUCCUGGUCUGUCUCCCCCAGCACUUCCUAUCACAUCCUCUCCUGCUCCCUCCACCACACUGCUCUGGGUCUGUCCUUUCCAGCCUGCCCUGUACAUUGAAGCCCCUUGUGGUCAUGACCGUUUCACACCUAUGGAGUUGCCAGAGGAAGACUGAGACCUCUGCUGUAUCUGCCUUUGUCAGCCCCAGCCAGGUCUCCUGUGGAGGUGUGUCCGAUAAUGCUGCCUGUGGGUACUGGCAUGUUUGAAAUGACAGACUUGAACACUUUUCUUAACUUUUCUCCACUCACUGGUCCCUUAUGGUUUUUUUCAUUAAUCUUCAUAAUUCCUUUUUUCCAGGGACUCACACAUUUCACUUAAAUGGUUAGGUAUGUUGCUCUUGACUUAUACCCAAUAGUCCCCCAUAGUUAGUUUAUAUUACUACCUAACCUCAUGUAAUGUCUCCCCUUUAAAUUACUAAUUAGUGCACUUUUGUACUUCUCUUGAUCAGAUUUUCCAGGGGCUAAGCCACAUAAUUAAUUGAUUAUUUGAAAGAACUGGCUUUUUAAUUUAUUCAUAUUCCUUAUUAUAUUUAUUUUAUUUAUUUAAACUUUCAUUUUUAUUAAUUCCCGCUUCUUGAUAUUUUGUUUGGUGUUUCAUUUUCAUAUGUUUACUUCAUUUCUUUGUUCUUGUUCUGAUCUUUUGAAGCAAAUUCUUAACUCAGUUAUAUUAGUGUGUCCAGUCUCCUGUUUAUAUAAGUAUAAAUAAAUAGAUAUAGAUAUAGAUGAUAUAGAUGAUAUAGAUAUAGAUAUAGAUAUAGUAAAGGAUUUCAGGCCACACACUUUCCUCUAAAUGCACUUAUAGCUCCUGAACUUUGGUAUGAAAUGUGAAACUUCAGAAUUGAUUUCUCACUUUGAUCCUAGCUGUUGAAGAAAGUUUCUUAGUGUCUAACUAUUAAGUAUUCAUUAUUUUUUCUUUCUUUUUUGUAAUUAUGAUUUUUCUAUGAUCAGAGAAUGUGGCCUGUUGAAUCUAAACUUGUAG